AUGAGUGGACAGGCUGCGAGUUAUUACAACCAGGGGCCUGCCCAGCCCCAGCCCCAGCCUAACUUUGACAAUCGCGGCUACCAGCCCGAUCAACAAUACUAUCAACAACCAAACGCCCAGCCUGCCUCGUACCCGCAGCCCACCUACCAGGAACCGAACUAUCAACCCUCGAACAACCAGCAGCCCGCCUUUCAGCAACCUACGGCGGAGCCUAAACCAGGACCUCAAUAUCAGCAAAAUGUUCCAGAUGGCAAGUACAGCUUUGACCAGGCGUUCAAGAUCGAAAAGCCCAAGUGGAAUGAUGUGUGGGCAGGUCUCUUGCUGAUCGCGGUAUUCCUUGGGUACGUUGCCGUGUCCGGAAUCACGAUCCACAAGUAUGCCAGGAACAAAGGCUUCAACGGAGGAGGCAUCUAUGACUCCCGCAAUGACUUCUCCCUGGACACCAACACUCUCGUUCUGUUCAUUUUCGUCCUCGUCGUCGCCUUUGUGUUAUCCGGUCUCUAUUUCAUGGGCGCAAGAUACUUCACCAAAAGCUUCAUCUGGGCGACUGGCAUCCUUAAUAUCGUCUUCGCCUUCGCAACAGGCAUCUACUAUAUCGCACGGAAGCAAUAUGGUGGUGGUAUCGCGUUCCUUCUCUUCGGUGUCUUCGCGACCGUCUGUUUCAUCAGCUGGAUCCCGCGUAUUCCUUUCACUGCCUUUAUGCUGCAAACUUCCAUGGACGUCGCCCGCGGCUACGGAAAUAUCUUCCUCGUGAGCGCGCUGGGCGGAAUCGUCACAGUCGCGUUCGCCGCCUGGUUUUCCGUGACCCUGGUCUCCGUCUACGUCGCCUACGAGCCCGAUCCCACAGGUACUAACCCGGCGUGCCAGAACGGCGGCUGCAGCCGAGCCAAGGUCAUUGGACUCGUUGUCUACGUCACCUUCGCCAUGUACUGGUUCAGCGAGUGGAUCAAGAACACGGUGCACACUACCAUCGCUGGCGUGUAUGGCGCGUGGUAUUUCUGGAGCAAGUCCGCCGGCGGCAUGCCCAAGGGCUCGACCCGCGGCGCAUUCCGUCGCGCGACGACUUACUCCUUUGGCAGUAUCAGCCUGGGCAGUCUGAUUAUCGCGUUCAUCCAAAUGUUGCGACAGGCGUGCUCGGUUGCGCAGCGCCAGGGUGCUAGCCAAGGCAAUCUCAUGGGCAGCAUCUUCUUCUGGGUCUUGGGAUGUUUCAUAAGCUUGCUUAACUGGCUCGUUACUCUCUUCAACCGCUACGCCUUCUGCCACAUCGCUUUGUACGGUAAGGCUUACAUUCCCGCCGCUAAGGAUACCUGGACCAUGAUGCGAGAUCGAGGCAUCGAUGCGCUCGUGCAGGACUGCUUGAUAGGUCCGGUCUUGACCAUGGGCUCGACGUUCAUCGGCUAUGUCUGCGCUCUGCUGGCCUAUCUCUACCUGCAAUUCACCAGGCCGGAGUACAACCGGGAUGGCAAUUUCACUGCGGUCAUCAUGGCUUUCGCUUUUUUGAUCGGUCUGCAGGUUUGUCAGGUCUUCCUGACUCCUGUCAGCAGUGGUGUUGAGACUAUCUUCGUGGCCAUGGGCUGGGAUCCCCAGGUCAUGAUCAAUGACCACCCGGAAAUCUACUACAAGCUGGUGCAGCUCUACCCUCGUGUGCAACAGGCAAUCCAUGCAUAG